AUGGCUGGUCCAAAUCAAUCGCCGAAUCCUAUCAGCUGGGACCAUGACCGGGACCACGACAACAGCCUCGAGCUGUCCGACAAGUCCGAACAAGAACCCAAGCUCAAGGACUUCGACAUCGAGGGCCAGGGUCGCCGCGGCUCGCAGCAUCAUGUCACUGCCAUCGACUCAUCGUCUACGACGGAAAGCAUUGGUCGCCAGAUUGAGAUGGAGUCGGACAACACAAUCAAAUACCGCACGUGUAGUUGGCAAAAGGUGCGCUUGGGACCGAUAAGGAAGUUGAGACCCGAUUGGCUGAUCUUUUCUUUACAGACUGCUGCAUUGCUUUUCUCUGAGUACAUCUGUCUGGCUAUUAUGUCCUUUCCCUGGUCAUACUCAAUUCUGGGUCUGGUUCCCGGUUUGAUCUUGACCGUGGUUAUUGCCGGCAUUGUCCUAUACACUUCCCUGAUUACCUGGAAAUUCUGUCUGCGACACCCGGAAGUCCGCGACGUUUGCGACAUCGGUCAGUAUCUGUUCUGGGACUCCAAGGUUGCGUGGUGGGCCACAGCAGUCAUGUUCCUCCUGAACAACACUUUUAUCCAGGGCCUGCACUGCGUAGUGGGCGCCGAGUACUUGAACACGAUGUCCAAUGGUGCAGUAUGCACAGUCGUCUUCUCAUUCAUCGUCGCCAUCAUUUCGUGGGUUUUCUCGCUACCCCGCACAUUCAGCACGCUGUCCAAAGUCGCAACCCUCUCAGCGUUCUUCACCUUCAUCUCCGUUGUCCUGGCGGCCGUGUUCGCUGCAGUCGAAGACCACCCGGCAGGAUACUCGCCCGCACUGGGAGAACCCAUUGUGCUCGUCAUCCCGGCCAAGGGCACCUCAUUUGUCAAGGGCAUGAAUGCCUUCUUGAACAUCAGCUACACCUUCAUCGGCCAAAUCACCCUCCCCAGUUUCAUCGCCGAGAUGAAAGAGCCCCGCGACUUCUGGAAGUCCGUGACAGCUGUGACAAUCGCCGAGAUCAUCGUUUUCAGCGUCGUCGGUGCGGUAACCUACGUCUACGUCGGCAACCAGUACAUGAUUGCACCAGCGUUCGGCUCUAUCGGCGACGACAUGUUCAAGAAGGUCUCCUUCUCGUUCAUGAUCCCGACUAUCAUUUUCCUGGGCGUGCUGUACGCCUCCGUCUCAGCCCGUUUCAUCUUCUUCCGCCUGUUCGAGGGCACCCGCCACAAGGGCAACAACACUGUCGUUGGCUGGGCUGCUUGGGGUGGAAUUCUUGCCGCACUUUGGCUUGCCGCCUUUAUCAUUGCCGAAGUCAUUCCCUUCUUCUCUGGCUUGUUGUCUAUCAUGAGCUCCCUCUUUGAUUCCUUCUUCGGCUUCAUUUUCUGGGGUACCGCUUACAUCCGCAUGCGUUCUGCGGAUCACGGACCUCGUUUCUUUAUGGUCCGUGGGAUUCGCGGCUGGAUUGGAUUCAUUUUUAAUGUCUUCUUAAUUCUCGUUGGUUUCUUCUUCUUGGGACCUGGAACAUACGCUGCUGUUAUGUCCGUGGUCACCAGCUACGAGGAAGGCACCGUCGGCGGCGUUUUCACAUGUGCCAGCAAUGCACUGUAA